AUGUUGUUCAGUCUCAUUGGACUGGCUGUUGCAGUUCUAGGGAAUACCCACAGCGUCGCUGCAUCUCACAACGAUGUCGAAGGACUGUAUAGUUUAGUCCAGAGACGUAUCCCAGCCCAUGCUGGAGCCUUCACCUUCAAGCUCUCUUCUGGCAAUAGCUCCAACGUUACGGAUACAUUCACCCUCAGCGAUCAAAUUUCGGCCACUACUCAGGCUGGAGAGUUCGGUGGUGUAGACAUAUGGUGGACAGGCUCACGGCUCAACGAACUGCCAUCCGAGUUACCAUCAGUCGGGCAACCAGUCACUCGAUCCUCACUCGUGCCCUAUCGCUAUCAUUUCAAUACAGUUACGUUCAGCUAUACUGCAGCCUUUUAUAACUUCGACGAUUGGUCGCUCUUACUGGACUGGCUUGCCCUUCGCGGUGUAAACUUGCCUUUGGCUUGGGUCGGGAAUGAGUAUAUUCUCGUACAAGUAUUCCGAGAGGCAGGACUUUCCGACGCAGAUAUUGCCACAUUUCUUUCCGGCCCUGCCUUUCAAGCAUGGAACAGGUUUGGGAAUAUUCAAGCUAGUUGGGGUGGCGACUUGCCAGAGCAGUGGAUCAAUGACCAAUUUGCUUUACAAAAGCAAAUAAUUAGCCGCAUGGUCGAGCUUGGUAUGACGCCUGUCCUACCAUCUUUCACUGGUUUUGUGCCCCGAGCGAUGCAUACGCUUUAUCCCAAUGCUUCGAUUGUUAAUGGAAGUCAAUGGAAUGGCUUCACGAUUCAGUAUACUAACGAUUCGUUCCUUGAACCAUUCGAUCCUCUGUUCAGCACUCUCCAAACCUCGUUCAUCAGCAAACAGGUGGCUGCAUACGGAAAUGUAUCGCACGUAUACACGCUUGAUCAGUAUAACGAGAAUUCCCCUUACAGUGGUGAUACAUCAUACCUUGCAAACGUUACUGCAGCUACGUUUGCCAGUUUACGCGCCGCGGAUCCUCAAGCCGUGUGGUUGAUGCAGGGCUGGUUGUUUUACAGUGACUCUACAUUCUGGACCACGGAACGUGUCGAAGCUUAUCUUGGAGGCGUUCCAGGCAACGACAGCAUGAUCAUCCUUGAUCUGUACAGCGAAGCACAGCCUCAGUGGCAGCGUCUGAAUUCUUACUUUGGAAAACAAUGGAUAUGGUGCGAGCUUCACGAUUAUGGUGGGAAUAUGGGCUUUGAAGGGAACUUUGAGAACGUGACAACGCAGCCAAUCAAGGCGUUAGCCACACCAGGAAACUCGAUGGUCGGAAUGGGACUGACGAUGGAGGGUCAGGAGGGCAACGAAAUCAUAUAUGAUGUCCUUCUCGACCAAGCUUGGUCAUCCACACCGCUCAACCGAACGGCAUACAUAUCAGCUUGGGCGUCCCGUCGGUACAAUGUCCCCGAUCUUCCCACUGCUGCCCUCGAAGCUUGGGAGAUCCUUGGUGCGACUGUCUACAAUAACCAGGACGUGACUACUCAGUCUACAGUCAAAAGCAUUCUUGAGCUCAGUCCAUCCAUCACGGGGCUUGUCAACCGCACCGGGACUCACUCUACGAAGCUAUUUUAUGACACCAACACGACCAUCGUUCCUGCGCUCAAGUUGCUAUUGCAGGCUCGUCAGGAAGCCUCUGCACUCAGCAACAUCCCAGAGUUUCAAUACGAUGUUGUUGACGUUACGCGCCAGCUUCUUGCAAAUCGUUUCAUCGAUCUCUACACGUCGCUCAUAGAUACCUUUAGUUCGACGAGCUCAAGCAGUUCUGCCGUAUCUGCAGCUGGCGCUCCACUUCUUGCCCUCUUACAAGACCUUGAUUCUGUUCUGCUCACCGAUACGCAUUUCCUCCUCGCACGGUGGAUCAGCGCAGCAAGAAACUGGACGCAUGGCGAUAACGCGACAUACGCCGCAUAUCUUGAGUACAACGCUCGUAACCAGGUCACGUUGUGGGGUCCACGAGGGGAGGUCAACGACUACGCGUCCAAGCAGUGGGGUGGGCUUGUCGGUACUUAUUAUGUUCAGCGCUGGGAGACGUUUGUUGGAUAUCUCGCAGGGUCAAAAGAGAAUGCGACGGUGUACAAUGUAUCAGCUGUCGCGGACAUGAUGCUCGAUAUUGGCCUGAGGUGGGACAGUGAGGUGUGGGGACAAACGAAGAACCAGACCUGGGGGACUGUCAGCAGUACUUGGGAUGUUGUACAGCAGCUCGUUGAAAGAUGGGCAUGAUUGCAGUAUGGUGCAAUGACCACUGCUUGUGAUUUUUUUCCAUUUCCAAAACCCUGGAGUCGUUUUCAUACUGAUCGUUUUCUUUGAAUUUGUGUAGAGUUAUAUAAUUAUAAUUUAAAUUCGUAUGUAUAGAUGUAUGUUCGUUCCCUGCUAAGUGUUAAUUCUGAUUGUCAUUGUUCGACAGUUUUUUUUUAUUAGU